AUGCCACCCACAGUCGUGGACGCCACCGUGGCUACGCCUGGCCACCGCCGUCGCGGCCCGGCGGCGCUCCCCAACGCCAACGCCAACGCCAACGCCGGCUGCGUCGUCGCCACCGCGCUCUCCGACGCCAAUGCCAACGCUGGCGCCGCGGCGCGCAGGCCCAAGGCCAAGACCGUCGCUUCCCGCUACCUCACCCCCUCCUCCAAGUCGCCAGCACCGAGGACGCCCGCCUCCACCGACCGGUCGCGUCCGGUGCUGCUCCCCAACGUUGCCGCCGCCGCCGCCGCCACGGACGGGAGCGCCACCACGACGAGACGCACGCUCGCGGUCGCGUUCCAGAGCCCGGCAUACUCCUUGGAAACCGGCAGCAGCAGGGCGAGCUCCUCCGCCUCCGCGUCGCCCGUCGCGGAGCCGGCGGCGGCCACGCCGGAACCGAAGAGGUCCACUGCGCGCGCCAAGGUGUCCGACGCGAGCCAGAACACGUACCGCGCGCUCACCAAAGCCAAGACCCCGGAGUGCACUGCUUCGAGCAAGAAGGAGGCGAUUGCCGCCAUCUUUGGCGCCGUGCGGUCGACGGCGUUCCGCGGGCCCCCGCGGCGCGCGUCGGUGGAUGGCGCGAAUGAAUACCUGCUGGCGCUGUCCUCCGACACGGACAGCGCGUCGUCCGGUGGGUCAGGGUCCGGGGACGGCGGCGCGGCCCGACGCAGCGUCAGCUCGGGUCCCGGUCCGUCGCCAGCUCCAAGGAGCGCCAUGAGCUCCUCCGCGCAGUUCACGCGGGACGGCAACGGCAUGGGGACCCGCUCCGAACGCUUCGCCUACUCGGUUAUGCCGUCGCCGUCACGCGCGCCCACCACGUCGGCGCCGGUGAAGAAGAGGUCACUGUUCACCGGCUUGCUGUCUUCGCCGUUCAGCAAGGCGUCUCUGAAGCAGACGUCGCCGAGCAAGCCGGUGGCCAGCGCGUUCAGGAGGACGGCCAGCCCAACCCCGGCCCGGCGCUCUACCGAGGUGCCUGCCUCCGCCGGGAACACGCUGUUCAAGGCUUCUUCUGGCGGAUGCGGCGUGGACGGUGACAUGAAGUUCAAGCUCCCGGUGCCGGCGGCGAUCAAGUCCGAGGAUGAGCACCAGCUGAGACUACUCUACACCAGGGAGUUGCAGUGGCGGCUCGUGAACGCGCAGCUUGGAGCUGCGAUUUCGUCGCAGACCAUGGGUGCAGAGAAAAAGUUGUGUGGCGCAUGGAUUUCAAUCCUGAGGAUGCGCAAAUCUGUCGCCAUUAGAAAGAUGCAGCUUCAGUUGCUUCGAAACAACUGCAAACUCAUGGCAAUUCUGAGAGGACAGAUGCAAUACCUGGAAGAAUGGUCCUUUUUGGAGAGGGAUCAUGCUCAUUCUUUGUCAGGAACAACACAGGCUCUGACUGCAACCGUCCUGCGCCUUCCUGUAUCAAAUGGAGCAAUGGCAGAUAUUCAAGGAAUAAGAAAUGCUCUUAGCUCUGCAGUUGAUGUCAUGCAUACUAUAGGAAACUCAACAAGAAUCCAUCUGCCUAAGUUAGCCCGGACAAAUGUCUUGGUGUCCCAACUCUCCAGAGUUUUCAUUCAAGAACACAUUCUGAUAACGCAGUGCAGAGAUUUGCUGUCCACACUAGCAUCAAUGCACGUGACGUACAGCAGUCUACAAGGGCAGAGAAUACAGUUGAAUCAAACAAGGCCGCAUUUUCAGUAGUCUUCAUGCCACUUUCUCCACUCUCUCUGAAGCGUGUGGCUACAGUUUGAGUGUUUUUUUUUCCAGUUUACCAAUUGCAGCAGGAAAUAGGAAUACAAGACGACUAACAGAACUGCUGUUGUCGCUCUUGUCCAAGAUCAAAGAGGGUAUGUAAUUAUAUUUCGGUAGAGUGAGCCUUUUACGGGCUUUUUUGUUCUUAGCCUCUUGUCCAAAUGACACUAAGUAGAUUUCUGCUCUAUAUCAAUGAAAAUGGCACAAUCUUGUGCCAGUUCGGAAACAAAACUAGUAUUGCUGUUG